AUGUAAACUUAUGAAUUUUAGUUGAAUAAUAAAAGGAAUCUUGAAAGAGAAGAUCUCUUUAUAUUGGCCAUAGUUGAAAGGGUUCUGGCUGGUUACUUGUUGUCAAUAUCGUAUGUUGAUCAAGCUUAAUUUUGUGAUCUUCUAUCGAGGAAACAAAAGGAAAAGAGGACUAUUUAACCAUUGCAUUUGCAGAUCUUAGGAAUAAUAAAGCAAAAUUUAAUGAAGAACUAACCACCAAUCAAGGAAUAGAAAGUGAAUUACGAAGUUAAACGAAUGUUUUCUUAAUCAAUAGAUUCAAGAAAAAACUAUCUUUGCUUAUCUCGCAAAAUGAAUCGAAACAAUAAAGCAAAGUAAAUCUCUAAAGUAGAUACUCAACAAUAAUUUGGGAAGGAUGAAAAAUACACAUUAGAUUAGAAAAGUAAUCAAGAAGGGUAGAGGUUGUUUACGAAUGGAAGUUAUCAUUAAAACGAUUCAACAACUUCAAGAGUUAUUAUUAAUUCAUUUUAGUUAAAUAGUCGUAUUAAAACAUCAGCUGAUGAGGAGUUGAAAGAAAUGUCAAUUUAAAAGCAGUUGGCUGGUAACUAAAGUAAUUUUAAGAACAGAAAUUAAAAACCCACUAUUAAUAUUGUAAGUUAAUAUGGGAAAAUAGAAAAGUAAGAGAAUUACGCAAAAUUAUAGGAAAGAAAUUAUCAAACAAGUUUUAUUGAUUAAUCAACCAAAGUAAAUUAAAAUAAUGAAAAUUCUGUUUUAAAAUAUAACUAAUCACUCUUGGAAUCGUAAUUAAACAAAAAUAAUGAAGAAAUAAUAAAUGACUAAUCCAAAACAGAUAAUAAAAUAUUAAAUGGGAGAGGAGAUCCAAUCAAUACAUAAAAUUCUUAAAGUAAUUCUAAAAUACAAUAAUAAUAACUACAUGGUAAUGAUUCAAGUAGAAUAGAUUUUAAAGAUAAAUUGUAGUAAUAUAAUAAUAACAAUGAUGAUGAUUUAAGUUCUCAAAGAAUACAACUUACUUUGAGUGAUGGAUUGAAAUAGAUUACGUAUGGAACUCAUACUGAAUUAUCGUUUUUGGAUACAGAUCCUAAAUAAAACAAGCAGUCGAUUCAAAGUGCAAAAUAUUUAGAUAAUAAUUAAGAAUAAUAAUUAUAACAUAACAAAUUAGAUAACAAUAGGUAAUCGUAUUAAUUAGAUUAUAAAAAUUCAUUAGAUAUAUAGAACAACAAUCUAAUAACUCCAACUACUGAUGAAAUUAAACAACAUAAUAAUUUUCUAUCACCUCCUUAGUCAUCCAGAACAUUGUAGUCAGGCAAGUCGACUAAAACAAAAUUGAGAACUUUACAAUCAAAUGAAUAAAAAAUAGAAGAUCUAUAACAUGGUUAAUAAAUUUCAAUCUCAAGGGAGGAGUCUUAAAUCUCCUUAUUAGAUUAAUCCUUGAAUAAAUAACAUUAUUUACAUAAUCAUUUAAAUUCUAAUAGACCUGCAACUACAAAUGUAGAAACUAAUAAAUAGUAAGAUUAUCCACAAUUUUAAACUCAUGGUAAUAUUGAUUAAUAACAAUCUCUGUAGUUGCUUCAAUAAAUCAGUAUGACAUCUAUUAUGCAUAGUGAUGAACAUUAUCCUAACUUAAACUAAUAAAUGAAUAUAUAAGUAAAUUAAUGUGAACCUGCAUAAAGUAAUGUAAUAAUUGAAGAAUCUAUUGAAUGCUCUCCUAUUUAGAAAAUAAAAAACGUAUAAAGUAUUACACCUUCAUUCAAUAAUCAAAAAUCAGAAGAACACUCAUAAUAAAGUUCAAAUUAAAUUCAAACCCAAUCAAAAUUAUAGAUUUAAUCUUCAAUUCAAACACCUCAUUCCCAAUAAUCCGGCCAAUUUUUAAUAAAUCAAACUUAAUAGAGAAUGUAGAUUCCAAAUCAUAAUACAUAAAAUAGUGUAAAAAAUAAUAAUAAAUUAACAACAAAAUAAAAGUAUCAAGUAAGGGAAUAAUAAUAGCAACAAAGAUCAGAUGAUAGUUAGCCGGAAAGUAAAUUAACAAUAGAAUCGUCUUAAGGGGAGAAAUCAAGUAGAUCCAAGCCAGUUAAAAAUGCUUCGCAACUCAAAUUGCAUGUUGCAGCAGCAGCCAGUCUGGCUUCAACAAUUAAGAAGAAUUCUAAUUAAAACUCUCCUCAUGAUCCAACAAAACUUGAAUAAUAGGAGAGGGAAAAAUCAAAAUACAUGGAAUAUUAGAAAUAAAUAGAAAAAAUGAAAUACGAAAGAGAAUUGAUGGAGCAAUAUUAAAUCCCUGAUGACAUGCCAUUGUCUUAAAAGUGUGCGAUUAUUGAAGAAUUGAUUUAGCAACUAGAAUCGAAUGCUGAUCAGGAUGUAAAAUAUUAGAUUAUGUUAUACAGAUAGAGAUAGGAAUAAUUAAAAAACGUAGCAAAACAAGAUAUUGGUUUUAAUCGAUAUUAUGAUAAUUGUUAUGAUGAAUUAAAACAUCUUUCAGAAUAAAAAUUGAAAGUAUUGGGAAGAGAUGAUUUAAAUAAAGUUUCAAAUUUGAAAUUUGAAAAUUAAGUUUAAACUACUUUUCCAAGUUAACAACAAGCAUAUUUUUAAUAAGACAUAAAUAGUCCAGUUCAGAAGAACUUGAAAUUUAUCAGUAAAUUGGAUCCUGUUGAAAUCGAGAACUAAUAGAAUAGAAUCAAAGAAUUUAAGUAGGAAACUGAAAUUUUAAAAUUUUUUUAAUCUUUUAAUUCCCAGUAUAAUAAGGAGGUUAAUUAAUGUGAUCUUGACUAUCCGACAGAAAAGGAUAGGUAAUAUGCCGCAGAGUAUUAGAGAGGAUUAUUACCUAAGUACACUCAAAAGAGAAAUUAAAUUACUAAAUAGGACAAGAAGUAAAGGAUGAAUACACAGAAAAUAGAUCCUAAAACAUUGGAUAUGAUGUUAGUGGCUAACGAUAAAAUAAAAUCCGUUGGUUAAUAUCUAUUAUGA